AUGUCUGUGCCUGCUUACCGACAACUCUGGCGCGCGGCGCGAAUCGCCUUCAAGGGCGACGACCGAGUCCUCACAGCAGCACAGCAGCAGAUACGGCAAGGUUUUAGAGAUCAAGCAACACUCAAGUCGACAGACCCUGCAUUCAGCUCCGCCAUCCAGAAAGCGGAAGAUGUUGCCAAGAUCCUGAGAGAAAAUGUGGUCCAGGGGAAGCAGGAUGAUUCUCGCGUCUUCAAGUUGCGCAUUCACGAGGACACCGAACGUGGGGACAAUGACUCUAUUAAAACGGCGGGCGGCGUCUCGGCAACGAUGGGCGGGUGUGGCUGUAGUUGA